AUGUCGAUAGUGAAGGGGGUGGCUGGCUAUUUUAUUUCUGACCAUCAAGAUAGGGGAUUCCGUAUCCUGAGGCGAUAUCGAAAUGGAGACCUGCAGGAUGAGAUGGGUCCAACAAUGCCAACAGCUGGAGGCGACAGAACUGCACCCGUGCAGAGGCCCUGGGAUGAGAAAGAAAUGACAGGUAUCAUGGAUAAUAAGGAGGUCUUCAAAGCUGGGUUUAGUGAGCAAGAAGAUAAGAAAGAGAAGGGGAUGGAGAGGUUUCCUUCGCCCACUUGCACAAGGUCCCCCUGCACACCUGGGUCCAUGCCUGUGACCUGGGGCCCCCCGGGUGUCCCUGCAGCCCUGCCCUGGGCCAACCAGAGCUUGGCCCGCGAGUUCGUCCUGCUGGGCUUCGCUCACGUACCUGCACUGAGGCCGCUGCUCGCCUCGCUCUUCCUGGCCAUGUUCCUGCUCACGCUUCUGGGCAACGCACUCAUCGUGCUGCUGACCAGCCUGGACUCGGCCCUGCGCGCGCCCAUGUACUUCUUCCUGCGCCAGCUGGCCCUCGUGGAGAUCUGCUUCUCACUGGACAUAGUGCCCCGGCUGCUGGUGACCCUGCUACGGCCGGGGCGGGGUGUGUCACCUGCGGGCUGUGCCCUGCAGCUGCUGCUGGUGCUGUCGUGUGUCACAUCUGAGUGCUUCCUCCUGACUGCCAUGGCCUGGGACCGCUACGUGGCCAUCUGUAGGCCCCUGCGCUAUGGAGCCAUCAUGAGCGCAAGGCUGUGCCACCUGCUGGCUGCUGCGUGCUGGUUGGCCGGCGUCCCGGUGUCCUUGGUCUUAACCAUCUGGCUGUUCCGCUUCCCCUUCUGUGGGCCACGUGGCAUCCGCCACUUCUUCUGUGACAUUGCCCCUCUCCUGAGCCUGGUGUGUGCAGACACCAGGGUCUUUGAGGCCAAUGUGUUGGUGGCCACAGUGCUGGUCAUCAUGGUUCCCUUCUGUCUGAUAGUCAUUUCCUACACCAGGAUUCUGACCACUGUCCUAAGGAUGCCAUCUGCCACUGGGCGCCAUAAGGCCCUGUCCACAUGUGCCUCCCACCUUAUUGUGGUGAUUCUGUUUUACAGCACAACGGGGGUCAUCCACUUGCGACCCAAGGCCAGUUACUCCCCAGAGAGCAAGCAGGUGGUGUCUCUGUCCUACACCCUGGUGACUCCCAUGCUCAACCCUCUCAUCUACAGCCUGCGGAACAAGGAGGUGAAGGCUGCCUUGGGGCGAGUGUCCUGCCACGGCCAAGGGUCUGGACUCCAUGAAUGA